CUCUAGGACAGCAACAUAAAUACGUAAUACGCUAGGGAUGGAGACGAACAAAGCUAUUCCGCGAGAACGGAUUACAGCCUUGCAGCAGGUCUACGACACCCUCUGCUUUUAUCUCGGCUUUUACGACGACGAAAAACACCUGGUGCGUGAAAUCUUAGAUGGCGACUUCAUCAAGCCAUUCUUUGAGGAGUACCGACACGACCACCUCGAGGUGGCCUCGCAGGUCGAGGAUAUAGAUUGUGAUGAGCUGUUCAGGCUGUGCAGGUCGACCAACGCGUUCGCUCUGCUCAGGUACGCAAGCUCUGCGGUAUCUAACAGGGGGGGCUGGACGGCAUUAGAUUAUGCACUACGCUUCGUCGUCCGUGUGCUUCGCUUCAGCUGGGAAAACGAGGGCGAGUGGACACAUGGUAGAUUUGACCCCGAUAAUGACCAAGACUCUGAAAGUGACACCGAAUUUUACCAAGUGUGGGCCAUUCUACGAUAUCUACAGGCCGAGUGGGAAGCGGCUAACGUGGAGCAAUGGGAGGUGAGAAAUUUGUGUGAGACGUUCACAAACAUGUUGUCUAGUAGGCCAUAGAUGAAUGCUGCGCAGCGAAAAGAAUUUUCUCCUUCAUUUAUAAAAAAAGAAAAAAGAAAAAACAAUAAUAAUAAAGGAAAAGGGGGUAAUGGGGUAAGGGGGUAAGGUGGUAGGGU